CCAGGGUGGGCGGCAGUGUGUGCGAAGGGCUCUGCUGUGCUCUUCAUGGUGCCGGGAGCAGCCUGCCCUGGCACCAGGAGGCUGCCCAGGAGGGACCAGAGCCACAGCUGGCAGCUGCACAGCUCAGCGGUCAGCAGCGAUGAGAAGCCAGGAGAGUGUGAGGGGCAGCCCGAGGCAGGGCCUGGAAUGGGUGGGCAGAGGCAGCCGGAAGGUCUUGCGCAUCUGGUUCGGCAAGAUGUCGGUGAAGGAGGGCGCGCGGCGCAAGUGGGCCGCGCUGAAGGAGAAGCUGGGGCCGCAGGACUCAGACCCCACGGAGGCCAACCUGGAGAGCGCGGACCCCGAGCUGUGCAUCCGGCUCCUGCAGAUGCCCUCCGUGGUCAACUACUCGGGCCUGCGCAAGCGCCUGGAGAGCAGCGAUGGCGGCUGGAUGGUGCAGUUCCUGGAGCAGAGCGGCCUGGACCUGCUGCUCGAGGCCCUGGCGCGCCUGUCCGGCCGCGGGGUGGCCCGCAUCGCCGACGCCCUGCUGCAGCUCACCUGCAUCAGCUGCGUGCGCGCCGUCAUGAACUCGCAGCAGGGCAUCGAGUACAUCCUGAGCAACCAGGCCUACGUGCGCCAGCUCUCCCUGGCUCUGGACACGUCCAACGUGAUGGUCAAGAAGCAGGUGUUCGAGCUGCUGGCUGCCCUGUGCAUCUACUCCCCCGAGGGCCACGUGCUGACCCUGGAUGCCCUGGACCACUACAAGACGGUGCGCAGCCAGCAGUACCGCUUCAGUGUCAUCAUGAAUGAGCUCUCCGACAGUGACAACGUGCCCUAUGUCGUCACCCUGCUCAGCGUGAUCAACGCCAUCAUCCUGGGCCCCGAGGACCUCCACACCCGCACCCAGCUGCGCGGGGAGUUCACUGGGUUGCAGCUGCUGGACGUUCUGACACGGCUACGGUGA